AUGGCUACAUUCUCGAACACCAAUACUGGCAGCAAGUCUGCAGAGCCUAUCAAGGAUAAGAAUAUCGAUCGCGAUGUUCCUCUCAAGGAGAAAAUCGAGGCACUCAGCGAGUUCAUUACAUCGCGAAAGUUUGCUAUGAUGACAACUCGAGAUACAUCAAGUGGCCAGCUUGUUUCUCGGGCCAUGGCACUGGCCGGAAAGGAGUCCGGUGACAUAGACCUAGUCUUCACCACCAAUACCGAGUCCCACAAGACCGAUGAGCUGAAAGCAGACCCACACGUCAAUAUUUCCUUCCUUGAUGGGUCUGGACAGUGGGCUUCGUUCUGGGACGCAUCAAUUGAGACGGAUCGCGAAAUCGUCAAGAAGUACUACAGCUCGUCACUCAAGGCGUGGCUGGGCGACCUGGGCGAUGGAAAGCAUGACGGCUCAAAAAAUGACCCCCGCAUUGGGAUCAUUCAGGUCAAAACUCGUUCCGUCACUUACGCGCUGACGACCAAGUCUGCCAUGGGGGUUGCGGCCGAGGUUGCCAAGGGUACUUUGACGGGAAACCCUCCCUCAAUAAGCAAGCUCAGAGAGAUCAGCGAGAGCGAAAUAACGCAAUGGAGAUCCAUCGCUACCUAA